AUGGGAAGACCGCUCAAAACGAGGCUUCCUGCGUCACAACAGGUGCUUGCUCCGCGAGCCGUGCUUCCACACGAGAUGCAGCGCGACCGGCUGCGGCGAAUAAUAAAUAUGAAGCGUAAUUAUGACCGCGGUACAAGGCCGUUAGAACCAUUACAACUAGGACACCUCACCGCCACCGAUCACAUCUUCACAGGUGUUAUUACCUUCUCAGUCAAGGGGACAACAAUCACCAGCACCGUCGGCUGGAUGGCUUCAGCGGCAACCCUGGUGCAGCCUUCGGGCGAGCUUUGGAAGAAGAUCCGAGUGGAACUAAACGAGAACGUCAAUACAAGAGACCAAGAUCUCGCCGCCAUCAAAGAGUGGCUUCGGAAGCAGCCGCAUUUACCUGACGAAUGGGAUGAAGAUCGAAUGAUGACGUUUCUACGUGGCAGCAGCUUCUCACUGGAGAAAUGCAAACGGAAGUUGGAUAUGUACUUCACCAUGCGCACGGCUUGCCCUGAAUUCUUCACCAACAGAGAUAUAAGGAGACCGGAACUUGUAGACCUUAUGACUCGACUGCAUGGUCCGCCCUUGCCAGGUUUGACACCAAACGGACGUCGAGUCACAAUUGCUAGAGGUUUAGACAAGAACUUGGACACAAAUCAACUCAUCGACGUCUUCAAGGUGGCGAUGAUGAUCGGUGACGUCAGGCUGAAGGAGGAAGUGGAGGGAGUGGGAGGCGACAUUUAUAUUCUCGAUGCAUCCAUUGUAUCCCCCAGUCAUUUAGGCAAACUCUCGCCGUCACUUAUUAAGAAAUUCCUAAUCUGUGUACAGGAGGCGUUUCCUGUAAAAUUAAAGGAGGUGCAUGUUGUAAACGCUUCGCCAAUUGUUGAUAAGCUUGUCUCGAUUAUCAAACCGUUUCUGAAGGAAAAAAUUAAAAAGAGGAUAUUCAUUCAUACAGAUCUGAACACACUCUAUGAAUAUGUACCCAAAGACGUGCUUCCGGCUGAAUAUGGUGGCACUUGUGGAACGCUGAAAGAAAUUAACGAUGCAUGGGUUAAGAAACUUGAAGAUUAUACGGAAUGGUUCAAGCAGCAGGAAUCUAUCAAAGCGAAUGAAUCCCUCAGACCGGGAAAACCCACCAAUUAUGACGAGCUUUUCGGCAUAGAAGGUUCUUUCAGACAGUUGGCUAUUGAU